AUGUCCUCGCGCAAGAAGCUCUUGAAGGUCAUUAUCCUCGGCGAUAGCGGUGUCGGCAAGACCAGUUUGAUGAACCAAUAUGUCAACAAGAAGUUCAGUGCUAGUUACAAAGCCACCAUCGGCGCAGACUUUCUCACANAAGAGGUGCUGGUCGACGACCGACUAGUCACCAUGCAGCUCUGGGAUACUGCUGGUCAGGAGAGAUUCCAAUCGCUCGGUGUUGCCUUCUACCGUGGUGCCGACUGCUGCGUGCUCGUCUACGACGUAAACAACUCGAAGAGUUUCGACACCCUCGACAGCUGGAGAGACGAAUUCCUCAUCCAAGCCAGCCCCAUGGAUCCUGAGAGCUUCCCCUUUCAGGNUCGUGCUCGGCAACAAGGUGGAUGUGGAGGAGAGCAAGCGCAUGGUUCGUACUAUUCCAAGGGUGGUAUCCCAUACUUCGAGACUAGUGCCAAGGAGGCCAUCAACGUCGAGCAGGCCUUCGAAGGUAACCAAGCUUCCUCACCAUGUCUGAUAAUUUGUUUAGUACUGACACAUCCCANNGUGAUUGCCCGCAAUGCUCUGGCCCAAGAAGAGAGCGGUGAUUUCAACGCAGACUACCCCGAAACGAUCCCCAUCAACCUCGACAACGAGCGUGACGGCUGUGCUUGUUAA